CUCCCCUCACUCCUUGGACACGUAGGCUGGAGUGUGGGCUGGGCCUUGGGCCCCGCGGCUCUGCCCAUGGCCAGACCUAAAUGAGGCCGCCCCGGGCCUCACGGGGCUCAUCUUGUGGCGCGGGGGGCCGGGGCGGAGCGGCGCCUUGCGGGGGCCGGGAUAGGGAAGGCAGCCGUCCUCAUGGAGCUGAACCUUUGGGGAGCACACCCCAAAGCUGAAGAGUUCCAGACCUGGGCAAAGGCGCCGAGGUUGGAAGGGGGAUGUGUGCGAGGAACAGCUGGUAGGCCAGUGUGGCUGGAAUGAUUUCCAGUUCCUGAGCCACACACCAUUUUUCAAAUGGAGGAAGAAGAAAAACUGCAGAUUGUGGAGCCAGAGGAGGUUGAUGAUGGAGACUUCCAGAAGGGAAGAGCCUGCCCAGAAUCUAAGAAUGAAACCGAAAAUGAAAAAACAGAAGAAGAGCCUGUUUCAAAACAGGAAGUUUCCAAAGUAGAAUCUCCAGGCAAGUCAUUGGUAGGUGACCAGGAGGCCGUUUCCCAGGACUCCAAAUCUGGAGAAACUUUGGGAACGGGGGACAGGUCAGAAGUACAACAGGAAAAGCCAGAAGGGAAAAUACCGGAAGGCUCACCUAACCAAGAGAGCGACUUUGAUAAUGGGACCACCUCCGCAAGUGUGCCGCCGGAAGAAAAGGAAUGUGGCAAAAGCUCAAAUCCCGAUCCACCCGAGACAGUCCCUGCAGGAGAGAGACCCCCGAGAUGUGAGCUGCACAAACAUGGCUGCAGGCUGACUUCGGAUUACACGAGUAAGUCCAAACCCCACAGUGCAGACAAACCUCAUAAGUGUGAUCAGUGUGGCAAAGCCUUCAGGAGGAGCUCCAACCUUAUUCAGCAUCAGAAAAUUCAUAGUGGAGAGAAGCCCUACAAGUGUAAUGAAUGUGGCAAAGCCUUCAGUCGUAGCACAACCCUCAUUCACCAUCAGACGAUCCACAGCGGAGAGAAACCUUAUGAAUGUAACGAAUGCGGCAAGGCCUUCAUGGCGAGUUCUGCCCUUGUCCGCCACCAGACAAUUCACAGCGGAGAGCGACCCUACGAAUGUAACGAGUGCGGCAAAGCCUUCAGCCGCAAUUCCAUCCUUAUCGAGCAUAAGAGGAUUCACAGCGGAGAGAAACCUUACGAAUGUAAUGAAUGUGGAAAGGCCUGCCGGGGGAGUUCCAAACUUAUUGAGCACCAGAGAAUUCACACUGGAGUGAAACCCUAUGAAUGUAAUGACUGUGGAAAGACUUUCAGUCAGAACUCACACCUCACUCAGCAUCAAAGAAUCCACACUGGAGUAAAGCCCUAUCAGUGCAGUGAGUGUGGCAGGGCCUUCAGGCAGAUCGCCACUUUUAUCAACCAUCAGCGAAUUCACAGUGGAGAGAAGCCCUACGAAUGCAAUGUGUGUGGGAAAGUCUUCAGGGUGAGGUCCGAUCUCAUUCGCCACCAGAGAAUUCAUAGUGGAGAGAGACGCUACGAAUGUAACGAGUGUGAGAAAACCUUCAGUCAGAGCUCAUGCCUUAUCCAACACAGGAGGACUCACAGUGGGGAGAAACUCUACGAAUGUAAUGAGUGCGGCAAGAAUUUUAGUCGCAGUUCAAACCUCAUUCAACAUCAGCGAAUUCACAGUGGAGAGAAGCCCUAUGAAUGUAGUGAAUGUGGCAGAGCCUUCAGCAGGAGCUCCAACCUGAUUCAGCAUCAGAUGAUGCACACGAGAGUAUAAAGAAGGCUUGUUGGGGAUGGAGAGAAAGAUGAAGGACCUGGCAGGUCACCAGACCUUCGUGGCCUCGCCUCGAACCUCUGUAAAAUAAGACUUGGCCUAGGUCAUCGCCGAGCUCUCUUUCUUCUCUGCAGCCUGUCCCCCUCAGCGUGAAUAUUCACAUCGCGGCCUCCUGCGCUCUGUCCCACUGCCGGCUCAGUGACUUGCCAGCCAGGAUAGCACCGUGGGAAAGAGGGUCUUAUCUGGAGGUGGAAGACUCAGCACCUCCUUUGAGCCUGUUCUCUUCAUUGAGAUGGGGAGAAUAACACUUGUUACCUACCUCACAGGGUUGUUGUGAGGAAAGCCCUUCGGAAUCCUUAGAGGACUAUAGUGUCGAGGGCCACUGGUACUCCACUUGAGCACAGUGGCUCUGUGGGAAUAAGCUAAUAAGGGUCUCUUCUCUUCAAAGUGUUGACUUGGGGGAAACCCUCUGUGGCAGUACUGCCAAAGAUACUCUAUUCGUGGACAAAAGGGAAGGUACAAUCCCAAUUGGAGAGGCAGUGUGGUCUGGUGGAAAAAGCACCCGUCACAUCUGCCAGCCUGGGAUGCCUGGGAACUCAGGCUUUUACACUCACCUUUGUGACCACGGGCAAAUCCCCUCCCCUCCCCUCCUUGAGCCUCAGUUCCCUUCUCUGUAAGCUGGAGAUGUUAGUACUUGAACCAAUUGCCUCCUCUGGGUUAUUGUGAGGAAAGUGCUUUGUAAGUCUUCAUCUACCAGAGAGGAGAACUCCCUGUAUUGAUAAUUAGGAGGGCUGGGAUUCAAACCCUUGACUCCAAAUCUGGGGUGCUUUCCACUGUACCAUUCUGCUGGAAGGCUUUAACUGCCAGUUGAGUUUGGCAGAUUUGGAACCACUGAAGCUCCCUGUUCAAGGAGGGGGAGAGGAGGGGUGUCUCAUGGUCAGACCUGCACUUUAGGAAGAUCGCUUUGGCAGCUGAGUGGAGGAUGGACUGGAGUGGGGAAAGGCUAGAGGCAGGCAGAACCCCCCAGCAGGUAUUGCCAUGGUCUUGGUGAGAGGGGACUGAGGGGUGUGGUCUUAGGUAUAGAAGGUGAGAGCUGCUGCAGAAGCAGGAGAACUUGGGCACCGAGGGAGUAUUGGGGUGGGCUGAGGUGGGGGAGGAGGAUGUCAGUUUGUAAACCAGAAAUGGUGAAAGGAGACCUGCUACCCCAGACAGAAUUGGGAGGGAAAUCAGGAAAUGGAAAAAGGGGGAGCAGGGAGGUAGUGAGCUCCAUUUUGGACACAUCAAGUUUGAGGGAUGCCCAUGGCUUUCCAAUAGAAAUAAGAUUGUUGAUAGUAAACAUUUAUUAAACAUCUGCUGUGUGCCCGGCACUGUGCUAAGUGCUGAGACUACAGACAGAAGGAAAGACAGUCUUUGUCCUCAAGGAGUUGACAGUCAAAGAGAGAAGGAUAAUAUACAAGAGCAAACUGAAAGGGGCCACCAGAGGGUACCUGGCAGGAUGGGUCCCGGGGGACGUGCUGUUCGUGGGAGUCAAAACCAGGCAGAGCAGGAAAUAAGUUUGAGGCGAGAGCACCCUGUCUUUGGAAUGGAAAGCGCACUGGACCGUGACGCAGAAAACUUGAAACUGAUUGUGUUACUCUGGGAGCCUCAGUGUCUCAUCUAUAAAACUAGGACAGUGAUACUGUUCUCAAGGAGCUCCCCUUUGCACAGGUGUUCUCCGAGAGGGAGGGAGAAGACUAGGAAAGGCACUUUACAGAAAGGGACAUUGAGCCAAGUCUUGAAGGAAGCCAUGGAGAAGGGAAAGCAGAGGCGAGGAGGGAGCUGCAGCCAGGGCUCCAGUGAAAAAGGCAGCAUUUGGGAGAUAGAGUGUUUCUGUGUGUGUGGAAGGGAAGAAAGUGGCUUGGGUGUGAAGGGCUCUUAAUCACAAACAAAAUUUGCAUUUGAUCCCCAAGGGAAUAGGGAGACACUAGAGUUUGAGGAGGGGAGUGACCUGGGCAGACCUGUACUUUGGGGAAAUCCUCUUGGUAGCUAUAUGAAAGAUAGUUUGAAGUGGGGAGAGACUUGAGGCAGGGACGCCCACCUAGGAGGGAGCAGAUGCUUUCAGGUUUUUCAGUGAAAUAGGAGAUGAGGUCCUCAGUUGAGGGGUUUGGAGAAUGAGAAGCUUGAGGAGGAAUGGAAAGGAGGGCCUGCUGUAGUGAGCAGGAGAGCCAGUGGUUCAGUGAGCCAUCAGGAUUCCCUUGCUUGUGGAGCUCCAAGUCGGGUGGGGAGAGAAGGAUCACCCGGAGCUGGCUGUGACCCCCCAGCAUCACCAAAGUACAGCACAGAGUUCAUUUGAGCACAACUGCCGUGUUGUGGAGACAGUGCAGCUCUUUUUACUUCUGUGUACCUGUCUCAUCCUCCAAAUCUGGGCUGGAAGACACCUUCAUGUCAAGUGCAAUGUAAACUUGAGCCAGACUCUCCUCACCAGCCUCCCCCAGGAGAGGGGUACAGAGAAACUGCUCUAGGCCUCCAUUACCUCGCUUAGACUAGCUGAUCUCUUGGGUCCCCUGGGUCUUGAAGUCCCUAAGCCUCCAACUGCCCAUACCCCUUGUCGCCACCUUGACUUUCUCUUUUCAGUGUCAGUAGCAGAGUUAGCAAUUGCUCCAAAGGUCUUGAAUGUAAAUAUCAAGAAAGCACUAGGAGUGAUGUCCCAGGAGGGUUAGCAGCCGUUGCUUCCUGGGGGAGAGUACUGGGGUCGGACUUUAGAAGCACAGAAUGGGUCCAUACAUGUGGCUGUUCAUGUUUGAGGACUUCCUUAGGUUCUGCAAGUAAUGGACCUGUGAUUCUCGAGCUGGAAGAAAGCUUAGGGAUCAGCCAGGCCAGUCCCCAGAGGCUGAAACUUGGUUCUAGCACAGAAAUAGCACUUAGCCAAAGCCGCACCAGUGAACUUGUAGGUUUAGAACCUGUUAGCAGCUGGAAGGGAGUUGAAACCCGGCACGACGUGGCACAGCCCGAGUCGGGCCUUCCAGCUCCGAGGCUAAUAUGCCCUGCACUAACCCUUGCUGCUCGCUCAGAUGUUUCUAGAGCGACUCGAGGAAGGGAGAAGGAGCCCACCGGUCCUGUCUCAGCCAAGAAUGCCGGAGGCAGGCUGACUUCACAGGGCCCGGGUGAUGGCAUAUGACACAGCUGUGUGACGGCCAGCACUGCAGAGUGAGCCGUGGACUUUUUGGACAUGGCCGAUAAGAAAUUGUUUUGUUGCUUGACUGUGUAUUUGUUAUGAGGGUCUUGUUUUUCUUUUUUAAGGGGGGGGGAUAGAAAAAUUUUGUUAAGUGGGGAAAAAAAAGAUAGAAAAAUAAUACUUGGGGAGUCAGGAGAGCGGGGUUUGAAUCCUGACUUAAAAGUCUUGCCUUUUUCCCUUCUUGGGCGUGAGGCCUGUGGCUGCCUUUCUCGGAUCCUCAGUUACUAAUGGUGCUGUGCAAAGAGAGGGUGUUUAGUACGUGUCUGUUGGUGGUUGGGUAGGUGAGUGCUGGCCUUAGCCUCAGGAAAACCCAGCAUUGAUUAGCCUUGGACACUACUAGCAGUGUGACCCUAAGCAAGUCACUUAAUCUAAGCCUUAGUUUCCUCAUCUGUAAAAUGGGGAUAAUAGUUUCGAGGAUCAACUGCGAUAAUAUAUGUAAAGUGCUUUAUAUAACGUUUCUGUUAUUGCUAUAUUAUUAUGUUAUUGUUAUUAUUAUUAUUAUUAUUAUUGAAUGGACUCCGGAUGGACGAGCGGCUUCAUCUCUGAGCCUCAGACACUCUGGAUAAUGCCUGUAGAACCUACCUCAGGUUUGUUACGAGACUCCAAUGAGAAAGCGUCCGAUUAAGCACCUUGAUGCCUUAAACUAUCAUACAAAUGUAAGCUAUUCUUAUUUUAAUAAAUAUUAUUGAUGUUU